CACCGACGGUGGAUCCAGGCGUCGCGAACGCAGCGGUGCCUCGAACGCUGCCGGUAUCAUUUGACAUCGACAGUAGUGGUGGGUGGGCGACCAGUCUCGCCGUCGCGCGACAGGGACUACACUGGUUGGCGACACGACCAGCGAGUAGUACCCUCACCAGCUCCCUCCACCUCGACCCGCUCCUCGUCGAGUGGACCGACGUAGACACCCAGCGGCUACACCACCGGCACGUUCCCGUGCACCAGGUCCCUCACC